UCUAUUUUAUCCAAUAGGUGAUCACCAAAUUCAUAUUUUUUUUAUAAACAGGGUGAGAGAGGAAGGAUAUAUAAUUCGACUGGACGUGUAAGUGUCAGUAGAAUCAAGGCAACAUGCUUCCAUUCAUUUUGGCAUCGGUUCUCAUCGCUGGCGCUUUGGGGUGUGGUGAUCCCCCCAUCAAGCCCCUCACCACCCGUGUGGUCAAUGGAGUGGAUGCCAUUCCUCACAGCUGGCCCUGGCAGAUCUCUUUGCAGUACCUGAAAAAUUCUGAGUGGAGACACACUUGCGGAGGAUCCCUGAUUGCCACCAACUGGGUGAUGACCGCUGCACACUGUAUCAACAAGCAGAACACCUACCGUGUGUAUGUGGGAAAAUACAACCUGGUGGAGGAGGAGGCUGGAUCCAAAGCAAUGACUCCUGAGAAGAUCAUUGUUAACGAGAAGUGGAACCCCAUCUUUGUCGCUUUCGGGUUUGACAUUGCCCUGAUAAAACUUACUGAACAUGUGACCCUGAGCGACUCUGUGCAGUUGGGCUGCUUGCCUCCUGCUGGUAGCAUCCUUCCCAACAACUACCCCUGCUACAUUACCGGCUGGGGCAGAAUUUCCACUGGAGGUCCCAUCUCUGAUAAGCUGCAGCAGGCUUUGAUGCCCGUUGUUGACCAUGCCACAUGUUCCAAACCUGACUGGUGGGGUGCUUUGCUGAAAGAUACUCUGCUGUGCGCCGGUGGUGACGGCAUCGUCGCUGGCUGCAAUGGUGACUCUGGAGGUCCUCUCAACUGCCAGAAUGCUGAGGGUUUGUGGGAGGUGCAUGGCAUCGCCAGCUUUGUCUCAGGCCUCGGCUGCAACUACGAGAAGAAACCCACUGUCUUUACCCGAGUGUCUGCCUACAACGACUGGAUCGACCAGGUUAUGAUUAAUAACUAAGAUGAUGAACUCACCUCAAUAAAUCACCUAGAGCUAA